GGUGAGUUUGUGCGAUUCCGCAUCAAAAUUUGUUAUUAAUUUUGUGAAAUAACUUAUUUUCAAAAGUGAUUGGAAAAGUAUUUGUGUAAUAUACCCUAUAAACAAAUUAAAAACAUCGAAAGAACAUUUUCUAAAAAGAUAUUUUAUUUUAAUUUAGUUCUCACAUAAUCAGACAGAACCCAUAAGCUUGCUGAAUAUACGAGAAAAAAAGAAGAAGCGAAAGAAGAGUCCUAAUUGCAACAACGUUGUUAGUGAAGAAGAGGAAGCAGAACACAUCAUUCCAAAAUGGGUUCUCUGUUUCGCAGUGAGGAAAUGACGCUUUGUCAGUUAUUUCUGCAAAGUGAAGCGGCCUAUGCCUGUGUCUCAGAAUUGGGUGAAUUGGGAUUAGUUCAAUUUAGAGAUCUAAAUCCUGAUGUUAAUGCUUUCCAACGUAAAUUUGUCAACGAGGUAAGGCGUUGCGAUGAAAUGGAACGUAAAUUGAGAUAUUUGGAAAAGGAAAUUAAAAAGGAUGGCAUCCCCAUGUUAGACACAGGAGAAAGUCCAGAAGCACCCCAGCCCCGAGAAAUGAUUGAUUUGGAGGCAACCUUUGAAAAAUUGGAAAAUGAAUUGCGCGAAGUCAAUCAAAAUGCUGAGGCCUUGAAACGCAAUUUCCUGGAGUUGACGGAAUUGAAACAUAUUCUACGUAAAACUCAAGUUUUCUUUGAUGAGGCGGUCCCGACAAUAUCAUAUAAUACAACAUCCCACUAUAAAUCACGACGUUACCGACAGAUGGCCGACAAUCAAAAUGAGGAUGAACAGGCUCAGUUACUGGGAGAAGAUGCCGGCGUACGGGCCAGCCAACCAGGACAAAAUUUAAAAUUGGGUUUUGUGGCUGGCGUUAUAUCACGAGAGAAAUUGCCGGCUUUUGAGCGUAUGUUAUGGCGUGCUUGCCGUGGCAAUGUUUUCCUAAGACAGGCCAUGAUUGAAUCUCCCCUGGAGGAUCCAUCAAAUGGCGAUCAAGUCUACAAGUCGGUGUUCAUCAUCUUCUUCCAAGGUGAUCAAUUGAAGACACGUGUCAAGAAGAUCUGUGAAGGUUUCCGGGCAACUCUCUAUCCCUGUCCCGAGGCACCAGCCGAUCGUCGUGAAAUGGCAAUGGGUGUAAUGACACGCAUUGAAGAUCUUAACACGGUUUUGGGCCAAACUCAAGAUCAUCGUCACCGUGUUUUGGUGGCAGCUGCUAAAAAUUUGAAAAAUUGGUUUGUCAAGGUUCGCAAAAUCAAGGCCAUUUACCAUACACUGAACCUCUUCAACUUGGAUGUAACACAAAAGUGUUUGAUUGCCGAGUGUUGGGUGCCCGUACUGGACAUUGAGACCAUUCAGCUGGCAUUGCGUCGUGGUACCGAGAGAUCGGGUUCUUCUGUACCGCCUAUUUUGAAUCGCAUGCAGACAUUUGAAAAUCCCCCCACCUAUAAUCGCACCAAUAAAUUUACCAAAGCUUUUCAGGCUCUAAUCGAUGCCUAUGGUGUGGCCACGUAUCGCGAAAUGAAUCCAGCUCCGUAUACCAUUAUUACGUUCCCGUUUUUGUUUGCCGUGAUGUUUGGUGAUUUGGGCCAUGGUGCCAUUAUGGCCCUGUUCGGUCUGUGGAUGAUACGCAAGGAAAAAGGCUUGGCAGCCCAAAAGACGGACAAUGAAAUUUGGAAUAUCUUUUUUGGCGGUCGUUACAUUAUCUUCUUAAUGGGUGUAUUCUCCAUGUAUACGGGUCUAAUUUACAAUGACAUCUUUUCGAAAUCCCUCAACAUAUUUGGCUCACAUUGGGAGGUGAAUUACAACAAGUCGACGGUAUUGGAAAAUAAAUAUCUACAAUUGAAUCCGGAGACAAGCGAUUAUUUGGGUACACCGUACCCGUUCGGCAUGGAUCCCAUAUGGCAGGUGGCCGGAGCCAAUAAGAUUAUAUUCCAGAAUGCGUACAAAAUGAAAAUUUCCAUUAUAUUCGGUGUGAUCCAUAUGAUCUUUGGUGUCGCCAUGUCCUACCACAACCACACCUAUUUCAAGAAUCGUUUGUCACUGAUCUUUGAGUUUAUUCCUCAAUUGAUUUUCUUGUUGUUUUUGUUCUUCUACAUGGUUUUGUUGAUGUUCAUUAAAUGGAAUCGCUAUGCUGCUACCAAUAAACCACCUUAUUCGGCUUCUUGUGCUCCAUCGAUUUUGAUUACAUUCAUUGACAUGGUCUUGUUUAAUACUCCGAAACCGGUUCCGGAGGGUUGUGAAGUUUAUAUGUUUGGCGGCCAGCAUUUCUUCCAGGUGGUUUUCGUUCUUGUGGCAUUGUCCUGCAUUCCUGUUAUGCUUUUGGGCAAACCCCUGCAGAUAAUGAAGCAACGCAAACAUGCCAAUGUCCAACCUAUAACCGGUAGUGAUGCCGAAGUUGGCAUGUCUAACGGGCAACCAGCUGCCCAUGGUGCUGGUGGUCACCACGAUGAGGAAGAAAUGUCGGAAAUAUUCAUCCAUCAAGGAAUUCAUACCAUUGAAUAUGUCCUCGGCUCAGUCUCACACACUGCAUCCUAUUUGCGUUUGUGGGCCUUGUCGCUGGCUCAUGCCCAACUUGCUGAAGUCUUGUGGAACAUGGUAUUGUCGAUUGGCUUGAAACAGGAAGGCUGGUUCGGAGGCAUUAUGCUGACAAUUGUGUUUGCUUUCUGGGCCAUUUUGACAGUUGGCAUUUUAGUGCUGAUGGAAGGUUUAUCAGCAUUUUUGCAUACAUUGCGUUUGCAUUGGGUUGAGUUCCAAAGUAAAUUUUACCAAGGAACCGGCUAUGCAUUCCAACCCUUCUCAUUCGAUGCCAUCAUUGAGAAUGGCAGUGCUGCCAGUUCAGCAGAAAAUGAGUAAAUUGAAAAAAUUAAUAAAAACACCGAUAAACAAAUAAUAAUUGAAAGUUAAAACCAAUAAUUAUAUUACAACAACUUAUACAAGAGCAGUAACUACACACAUAUAUACAACAAUAUAAUAUUAUUAUUAGUAUGAUAUAGCAAACUUUGAGUCUCAUAUAUAAUCUUCAAAACAAAAGAAAAACAAAUAUUCAAUGAAUUUAUUACAAAUACAUAAAGAAGAAUUUAUAGUAGCUAAAUGAAAACACAAACUCUUUAAUGUUAAAUGUUUACUUCAUAAAAUAAAAGAUUAAAUAUCCAUCUCUAUGGUAUCUAGAUAUAUUGUACUCGUAAUUAUCUUUAACAAAAAAAAAAAAAACAAAAAUCACAACAACAUCAUAUAUGCAUAAAAAAUGUCAUCCAACAAAAUAUACAUCAGAUAUUUCCUGUAUUGUUUGCAAAAUAAAUAAAUAAUAAUAAUAAACAUCAUUCUACAACAUCCGAACAUAAAAAACAUAGAAAAUUAAACGCAUCAUACCGCAUAGCAUGAGAUUACUAAGGGUAACUAGUUAAACAAUUUACACAUACAAUAUAUAAUUAUAGUCUACUUAAGUGGAACAAGAAAAGUAACGUUUUUCUUCAAAAUAGAGAAAUUUAAUAAUAAAAACAAGUUAUAUAGUUAAAAAGAAAUUUCGAUAUGAAAUACAAUAACCAAAUCAACUACAACUACAACAAUCAUAAUUAUUAAUUACAAUAACAAUAACCUUAUUAAAAUAUACCUAUUAACAAUUCAAAUAAAACAUUACAUUUAUUUAAUUAUCAAA